GACAAGCGAACUAUUGUGGCCAUGUCAAAUUUGUCUUAUUUGUGUCCAUUUUAUGAUAGUUAAUAGUGGCAUUUAAUUCUUCAAUUUUGCACUUAUAUUGUGUGAAAAUCAAUCAAUUUUUAGUGCCACUUGGACGACAAAACAAGGUAAGAUCACAAGUCCGUGAAAAUGGAAGUGAUUUUAAAUAUUUUCUUCCAUGAAAAGCGUUCACCUGUGCGCUACAAAAAGUACACCCAUACAGUUUAGUAGUUAAAGUUUAAAAUGUAUAAAAUAAGUAGUAAUCAAUGUAUACAAGUUCAUUUCGCGAAAAGACUUCAGUAGUUUGUGUUGUGUUAAUUCGAGUAUAAAUUGAUAAAGUUUGGAAAAAAUGUAUAGUAAGAAGAUGAGCAAUAUUUAUGCCAAGUGUUUGUAUGGUACUUACUCAACGACAGGGCCCUACAAUAUACAGCAUAUACACUAUCAAUGGACAGUGACGAAUCCCAAGACACUUCAUCCGGUAACGAUAGUGAAAUAGAAACUUACUCCACUAACUCCCGUGAUAAGCAAUUUACCAAGAAACGUUCGCCGUCGACCAAGUCGUCACAGAGCUCUCGCUCGAGAAGCCGUAGCUCGGAGGCGCAAUCUUUAAAGUCCUCUGACAAUGAACGCAGUAACCCUCAGUCACCCAGUUCUGUCGACAACGAAGAAGAUAACGAAAGGAAACCGCAAACUCCCAAAUCUCCGGAAAGUAAUGUACAGUCUCCACGAUCACCGAACCGUGUACAAACGCCGUCUCCCGAACGUAAUCAAACAUCGUCGGCGAACUCGUCGCGAUCUAACUCGCCUCAACCACAUCUAGCUAACAAUCAUCGAUCGCCGAGGCCUAACGGCAACAAUGAAGAUAGUCAGUCGGGUAAAUCGGACAGCAGUCAAAAUUCUCGUAAGUCAAAGGUAUCACAAGACAAAGACAGUAACUCGUCCGACGAAAGUGUAGCGUCGAGACGAUCGCGUGACGCUCACAAGUUGGCCAAUCUCGAUGACGGUCACACCUCUGAUUCCAGUACGUCCAGUGAGGGUUCCAAUAGCAGCAAAACAAAAAAGCCCAGCGCACAACAGGAGGAUGCGUCUGAUGGCGAUGUAUCUGAACGAGAAGGUCGGGUAAAAGAAUCCCAAACCGAGGAGAAUAAAAGGACAGCGUCCGCAAAUAUAAAUAUUACACACGAAGAUUUGUCAGAUGUCUCCGAUUUGGAAGAUUCAGUCGAUCACUCCGAUGACGGCACUCAGAAGGACAGCGACGACGCCGUUUCGGACUCUCAGGAAAAAAGAAAGAAGAUAAUUGAACGAAGCACUCAACGAGAAGACGUCGAAGAGCAGUUAGAUUUUGAGGCGGAAGACGGCGAGUGCGCCGAAAAUGAUAAUUUAAAGGAAAAAGACGACAGGGACAAAAAUUCUGAACAAGAGUUGGGCGAAUUGGACGAUGAGGGUAAGAUUGAAAAGAAAGAUGAGCUGGAGGAGGGCGAAUUAACCGAUGAAGAAGACGCUCGGCCGGAAGAAACCGAACCGAGACCUGUAUGUCGAUUCUUUUCACGAGGACAAUGUACUUGGGGUGCGAGUUGCAGAUUUUUACAUCCCGGUGUUACUGACAAAGGCAAUUAUACCAUGUUCGACUUGGUGAGACCGGUGGUUCCUGGCGAUUAUGGUGGAGAACGCAUGGUAUAUAGCGGACGGUCGGAUCCCCCUCAAAUUGAAUCGGCCUGGGAACGUGGUCUAAGGACAGCGAAAGAAAUGAUGAGAAAAUCGAUUAAACGAAAAGAGCAAGAUAUUGACUUUGAGGAGAAGAAAAUGAAUUUAAGUUUGGCGCAAGAGGAAUUUGAUAAAGAAAAUGGAUAUUACGCUAAAGCUCCGUCGCCGGAACCGAGUCGUUACGUCACUAUGAGGCCAGCUGAGUAUUCUUCGAGAGCUCCUCAUGACGAAUAUUAUGGACGUAGACAAGUAGUGUAUGAACCAGAUUAUGUGCAAUAUUCACGCGAACGAGUUCGCACGUAUCGUGAGGUUCCGGCAUACCGUCAACCAGAGUAUUACAGUAAGCAUGAAGAGGAUCCCCAAAGUGUUCAUCCCAAGGUGAAAAGGCCAAAACGGGAGGUUAUCGUACAACGGGCAGAGGAGCGUGUAAGUGGUCGAGGUGACGAAUGGUCGGAUCCUUGGAUGCGUUCAAAAUCACCCGCAGGCCGGAAAAGCGGAAGAAGGCAGUCGUACAGUUCUGGUUCGAGUUAUUCCUCCAGCAGUUCGUCCCGUAGCUCGUCCGGUUCAAGUAAAAGUUCGUACAAGUCUCGAACGCGGCGUAAACGCAGUAGUUCUCGUACACAUCGAAGGCAGGUUUCACCAUCUGUAAUUGUUUCCGAGCGUAAAGCGGCAAACGAGAGAGCAGCUCUUAUGAAUCCACCUGCACCUCGGAAAAGAGCUCCAUCACCAGGUAUGAUGAGAGUUGGUGCACAAAAUCCUCCUGCCCCCUCCAAGUUCGAUCAGUUUGGUCGAUCACGUACAAAAUUAGUCGCCGCUUUGGCGAGGGUUAAGGGACAUUCCUCACGUUCAUCAUCGGGUUCAAGUUCGGGCUCGAGUUCCAGCGAUUCAGAAUCGUCAGCGUCGAGCAGUUCUAGUAGUAAAAAUGCUAGUCCGCCGAGGCGACCGACAGGUGUAGAUUUAGCCAUAGCUUUAAAAGCAAAAGCGAUCGACGCUUUAAAAAGUGGAACGGAAAAGCGUCAAAUAAAAUUGAACCUCAAAGGCACGCCAGGAAAUAAGAAGGCGGAAUUAACGGAAUUACCUCGAAAACCGGAAGCGCCGCAGGGUAAAAAGAGAGUGACGAUCUCGCCACAGCCUGCCGAUCGCGAUCCAAAGAAUGCUAAUAACAAAAAGGCUAGUUCUCGACGAGAAGAGUUACUGAAACAGCUCAAAGCUGUGGAAGACGCAAUCGCAAAGAAGAGAUCCAAACCCAAUUAAUAAUUAAAAUUUAUAUUUUUUGACGAGUAAUACUUUAGUAUCGAGAUGUGACUAUGACUGUACCUCUAUUCUCCCGUCACAUUGUCAGUCUUUUUUGUGAGUGCCUGCAUCAUAUCACGUUAAAAUUUUUUCAACUGACAAAGCGUAUGUGAGUAUAAAUUGUUUAAUUUUAACAUUGUCGUUAAUGUAUUUUCCAUCAAUUUUUUUUUUAUUUAAGAUGCAUUCAAUAAAAAUUGACUUAUUAUAUAGUUAAA